AUGGCUUCUGCUGAGAAGGUCACCGUCGACAGAGCUUAUUUCGAUGCCUUGCUGCGCAGGGCCGAUUUUCACACCAAUGCACAGAUUUAUGGCUGUUCUGACCCUGUGAACGUCUCAAUCUCCAAAGACGAAUACGACAGCCUUCUACGCACGUCGCGCGAGUUCGAAGCACUGAAAAGUGCUUUGUUUCAAGGCGGCAUCACUCCAGAAACACUUCAGCUGCUCAUCUCCAACUCAGCCAAUGGCGAACAUCGCAAGGACUCCGGCGUACCAGCAGACUCUUGGGCGGACGACUACGACCACGCUUAUGCCGGCGGACAGCAGCAAGGUAUCCCUGGUCAUUACCAUGAUGUCUCCUGGAGACAGGCUCAUGAUUCAACCCCAGGGUUCAACCUUGCACCAGGGACUGGACCAUACGGCAACGGCAACGGACCUCAGUACCACCAACAAGGCAACUUGAAAGUUCCUGCAUUCUCUCGACAGAUUGAUUUUGGUGCUCCUCCUUCUUCGGUACCUGAUGAUGCUGCUUUCGAUGACAACGCUAGUCUUCCGGACGAAGCCACUCAGCUACAAAACGACUAUGACACCGUCCAACCCACUCAAGAACGACGAACACUUUACUUCGCGGGUCUUUCGGAGCGUACCACCUACAAGGAGUUACUGUCGGUGGUCAAAGGUGGUAAGCUACUGAGCGUCAAUCUUGGGCCCAACAGAAGUGGUACUGUCACUUACUCGAACGGCGCAAGCGAUUUUCUUGCUUGGGCCAAGCGGAACGACGUCUAUAUUCACAACAAGCGUGUUGAGGUUCGCUGGGCUGACCGUCAAUAUCGACUGAACGGGCACAUCGCGAACAAGCUUGGCAAUGGUGCCACGCGCAACAUCCUAAUCCGCAAUGCAGUUUCCAUUGGCCUAGACAAGACGACAAUCAGGCUGGACAUGGAGCACAUCCACAACCUGGUGAUCGUCGACGUCAACUUCCGCAAUGGCGACGCUUACGUCUCUACGAACUCGGUGCACAACGCACUUUUCGCAAGAACUUGUAUGAUGAGCCGUACCACUUAUAAAGGCUGCAAGAUCGAGUUUUACCGCGACGAGUGUGAUGUGCCAUUACCGUUGUCUUUGCACAAAGCCCGCGCAGCACCACGCGAGCCCGUACAGAAGAAGAAAGCACCUAUCAUGAAUCGCUUUGACCUGCUGAACUUGGACGACAAUGAGCGCAGCAGUGACGAGGAGAACAGACCCCCAAUGGAUGGUUCGAGUGAGGAUGACGAGACUGCUGAUAUGACGUCCAACCUUGGUGUCAGUCUCAAGUUCCUCGAUACUGAGAGCUCGGCUUGA